AAACAGUAUAUUUAUUUGGUGGUUGGGAUGGAACACAAGAUUUGGCAGACUUCUGGGCGUACAGUGUUAAAGAAAACCAAUGGACUUGUAUAUCAAGGGAUACUGAGAAAGAGAGUGGGCCAAGUGCUAGGUCUUGCCAUAAGAUGUGUAUUGACACGACAAGAAGACAGAUAUACACACUGGGCCGUUACUUAGAUUCUUCUGUGCGGAAUAGCAAAUCUCUGAAGAGUGAUUUCUAUCGCUAUGACAUAGACACUAAUAAAUGGACGUUGUUAAGUGAAGAUACUGCUACUGAUGGUGGUCCAAAGUUGGUGUUUGAUCAUCAGAUGUGCAUGGAUUCUGAAAAACACAUGAUUUACACAUUUGGUGGAAGAAUAUUAACUUGCAAUGGAAAUGUCGAUGACACGCGAGCUAAUGAGCCACAAUUCAGUGGACUUUUUGCUUACCAUUGUCUGUCUAACACUUGGAAGCUACUUCGGGAAGACUCAUGCAAUGCUGGACCAGAGGAUGUGCAGUCUAGGAUUGGGCACUGCAUGCUCUUUCACACUGUAAGUAUUCUAAGCUCUUCUGUCCAGAUUUUACUUUGUGCCCCGCACUGUAUUAGUGGAGGAUCAAUCCAAAGUUAUUUAUGA